UCGAAGGUAAAUGCCUUGAAAAAUCGUUCGUAAACCUGUUCUCAUUUGUGUUAAGACUGUAUUACUUCCUUAAGAAAUUGUAAAGUAAUUCUUCAUUAAAGAGCAAAACCAGAACUUGAAGCAAUUUAUUUUCGUACAACUGGAUCACCUUUACAUUAUACUUGCUUGACACAUUUAAAUGAAUCACAAACACAGCGUUAUGGUUUUCUUAGUGUUAUUUUUCUCGUUAUUUUUAACAAGCAAUGCUUUACUAGACGAAGGUGAGAGUUGUGUUGUUCCCACUACGAAAGAAAAUGGGGUCUGUAUCAGUGUACACAACUGCGAACAUGCAAAACAACUUCUAAAACAAGGUGUAAAUCCCCAAUUUUGCGGGUUUAAAGGAAGCAACGUCUUAGUCUGUUGUCCUGUUAGCCAACGUGUGGUGGCCAGGCGCCAGUCUGGUGAAAAAAGUCGCCAACAAUGCUUAAAACUUUACGCAAAAAAGGACUUGACUUUGCCUAUCAUAUUUUUAGGGACAAAAGCCAAAUCCAACGAAUUCCCACACAUGGCAGCGAUUGGUUACGGUGACAAAAACACAACCAUUUCCUGGUUGUGUGGGGGCAGUUUGAUCAGCGAACGGUUUAUCCUAACGGCCGCUCAUUGUCUCUUCUCGCAAGACUUCGGACCUGCAACCUGGGUCCGUAUCGGCGACUUAGAUUUGAAAAACGACACCGACGGUCCUAACCCUAACAUUCCAAUCGUCAAAACUUUCGCCCAUCCCAAAUACAAGUCCAGCUCUCAUUACCACGAUAUUGGUUUGAUCAAGUUGGACGCAAGUGUUACUUUUCAAAGUUAUUCCGAUCCUGCGUGUUUACACACUGAUGCCUCUGUUCCUGUAACACUUGAGGCUAUAGGAUGGGGCAGUGUCGGGUAUUUCGGCGACCAAAGUAGCCACCUUUUGAAAGUCGGUUUGAAACUAGUGAGUUACCAGAAGUGUGCCAAAAGAUACGCGAAUGCGUCAAAAAGGAAACUGAAGGAUGGUAUUGUGGAUGAGUGGCAGCUGUGUGCAGGAGAUGCUCUGGGGGGAGAUACGUGUCCGGGUGAUUCUGGAGGACCUCUCCAUUAUAUUGCAAAUGAAACAGAAGAAAUGUUCAGCCAUUUUGUUGUGGCAGGAGUUACUUCCUUUGGUAAAGGGUGUGGAGUAGAAAACAGCAUUGGGGUUUACACACGAGUGGCGGCGUAUAUUGAUUGGAUCGAAAGUAUUGUCUGGCCAUAGUAAAAAAAAUGACUUUUUCUGUAUUCAGAAUUUUGAUAAAUAAAAUAUCAAAUAUGUAAAA